AAAAUCUCAGCGUGCGACGCGCUGCUGACGUCUACAAAGUGCCAAAAUCAACUCUCCAAGACCGACGCGCCAGGAAGCAGUCAACACGCGAUACCCACCCUAAAUCAUCAGCUCUGACUAAGACAGAAGAGCAGACGCUUGCGCAGUAUAUUAGGAAGCUUGACGAGCAAGGGCAUGCCCCAACGCUCUAUUGGUUCAACCUAGUACAGAACGUUAAGGCUAAGUAUAGCAUCCAGGACGAAGAUACCUAUAACUUUAACAAGACUAGCUUUACUAUAGGCAUUAGAAAUCACGUUAAAGUAGUCACUGCAUCAGAGAGACGCACAGAUCCUAUUGGGGUCCAGCAGGGAGACCGUGAGUGGGUGACGUUGAUUGCUGCAAUCAACGCGAUGGGCUGGGCAAUUACGCCCUACCUUAUCUUCAAAGCAAAGAACCACAACGCGUCUUAG